AUGGUUUGGAGCCGCGUGAGUGAGCUUUGGUGCUCACAGCAAGGAGCGACCACGUCGGUGCGACCCAGCCCCAGCGACCCAGCCACAGCGACCCAGCCACAGCGACCCAGCCACAGCGACCCAGCCCCAGCGACCCAGCCCCAGCGACCCAGCCCCAGCGACCCAGCCACAGCGACCCAGCCACAGCGACCCAGCCCCAGCGACCCAGCCCCAGCGACCCAGCCCCAGCGACCCAGCCACAGCGACCCAGCCACAGCGACCCAGCCCCAGCGACCCAGCCCCAGCGACCCAGCCACAGCGACCCAGCCACAGCGACCCAGCCACAGCGACCCAGCCCCAGCGACCCAGCCGACACAGAUCGUAGCCUCGAACGUGUGCUCUCAACCCAUCGCCUAG